UAGUUGGAAUGAAAGAAUGGAGUUUGAAAGGAAUACUGGGAAAUGAUAGAAAUAUAAUGGAUAUUUGCAUAUUAAGGAAAGCACUAUUUCUCACUGUUGCUACACACUCGUGUACAGUAGGUGGCGGUAUGCACCUUAAAGUUGCUUGCGAUCCGCCAUAAUAGAAAAGAAGAAGAAGAAGAACAAGAGGAAAAAGAAGAAGAAGAAGAAGCAGCAGCAGAAGCAGAAUCAGAAGCACUAGUGGGUUUUGGGAUACAACCAGCAUGGGUGCUCGACUCGCGCGGAUAUUCCGAAACUAUAACGUGGAGGACCGCGCGCUCCGAGAGAUCUCCAAAGAGAAGCCGAGGUCAGCACCCCGGCACGUGACCACAGCGAUGCCGACCACCGUUAGCUCUGAGGCCGCGGAGUUGGUGACGAAGAAGAAUGAGUCGUUGUUGGAACAUCUCAGGUCUGUGUAUGUUGAGUCCACAGAUCCAACAGCAGCUCCAGAGUUUUCGGGGGAUGUGUUUGCAGGUAAAGAAGCAGACCGGAGGCCCCUCAAAGUCAGUUUACCAGGAGGUGUGUUCGGCCUGCCAGAGCUCACAGAUGUUCCUAAAGGGAAGCUGGCUCUUGCUGAAGCUCUGAAGGCUCUCGGCAGCCACCAGCACCAGCCUCGGACUUGGUCGGCGGAAAAGAUUGCUCAGGAAUAUUGCCUGGAAUUAAAAGACACAAAAUCUGUGGUCGAAUUCUUUAUCCCUUUCAAGGUUGAGAUUAUCCCUCCAAAGAGUAGAACUGCCAAGCGAAUAAAGGCUUCCUAAGAAUGGAAUCAGGAGGAAUGGAGAAGCUUUUACCUCACUUAUUUAUGUUCUGUAAUAUUAGAGUGGAAAAGGAUGUAGCUUUUCCAUGGUUUAAGUGAUGUUUAAAUGGAACAACAGAACAUUUUUAAUAUAAAUAGAUGAAAAAGAACUGUCAAUCACAGUGAUCUGAUCAAAAACAAGUCCAUGAAGAUGACAUUCUCUUCUCCUGUUGGUUGUUUAGGGCUCCCCAUCUCAUGCAAAGUUGAGAUGCAUAAAACAAAGUUUUUUUUAUUUGUUUUUUUACAGUGAAGGCUUACAGAUUUUAAUUUCUAUUUACGAAUCAUAAAUGACAAAGUACCUUGUACUCUUUGUGUAUUCAUUUCUAAAUUUAACUCAGAAGUAGAAUUAGAUAGAUUUAGUAUUUUCCAAAUGAUAAAUGUUAUUGAUCCAAAGUUAUGCUAAUGGUUAAAUGAGUAGCUCUUUUAUGUCUUUUUAUUGUUUAGAUCCUUCUCCUGUUCAAGUCACUCUGUGGCUGUGAUCGAACUUUACAAAUACUCAUAGUGGCCCUACUCCCCUCCAUAAAGUGUGUACUCAAUCAAAGGGAACAUAAGUGUUCAAGUGAGCAGGUUACAAGUGUUCAAAAAUUUGAGAAUUGGGACAGUAUGCCAAUAUUUUGCAACUUUGAUAUCCAAAAUGUUAGGACUGAUCACUGUUUUGGCACUUGGACUGCUAAAAUUCACAACAAAAAAAUUGAUUCUAAAUGUACAGUAUUUUUGCUUUUCAAUGUAAUUGCUAGAGAUAUUUAGCUGUUCAAACGUGUGCUAAGACUUGUUGAAUACAGAGCAAAAUGUGAUGUAAUCGCACAUGCUCUCUUGUAACAAAAAUCUCAAUACUUUACAUUGAAAGCUGUUUUUUUUUUCUUUUUAUGACUCACAACCUGCUAACUGAACAUUAUAGUUCCAACAUGACAAAACAUUUAACAGUCGUAAAGGCAAAUCUCCCUGUGAUUUGACUAAUUAAGAGACAUGAUUACAUUUUGAGUUGUUUCUUGAGGAAAAAUUCUUAAAGAAAAAAAUUGUCGAAGUUAGUUUGAUGUAAAGUGGAGCUGAUCUGACAAAGAGAAAGAGGCCUGAUGCUAUAUUUUGAGAAAUAAAAAAACAAAUGUAAUUAUUAAAAUGUCCUUUUUAAAAUAAAUUAUGAAUGUUUGGCUUUAUAGACCAAAAAUGUUAGAAGAAAUUAACAAGAAACACUGACUUCAAUUUUAUUCCUCUAUAGCCUGAGUAGAAAACAUUUAUUUAAAAAUUAUGAAAUCCUUAAGCAAAAUAAGAACUCAAUGCCUUUCUAUUUCAUCCAUCCAUUUUCUAAUUAGCCUUCUCCUUGGCUAGGUCUGGAGUUGCUGGUGCCUAUACCCAGCUGGAUUCCGGGCAAGAGGCGGGCUACGCCCUGGACAGGUCGCCAGUCUGUCACAGCCUUUCUAUUUCACUCCCACAAAAAAAUUAAGA